AUGAUCACUCCUAGUUUUAAAGUUAGCCAAACCGAUGAAUUUGUCAUCAUCGAUGUCAAAAUUUCUAGCAUUCGUUUUAAUGCACCAGGUAUGGAAAUCGUCGCCACUGAUAAUGUUCUGGUUUUUCAUUUAGCACCUUACUAUCUAAGGCUACGAUUUCCUCAUAACUUAGUAGAUGAUGAGAGAGCCAAGGCUGAAUACAAAGCAGCCGAUGAAAGUAUUCACAUUGAAAUACCAAAGGAAGAGAAAGGUCAAUAUUUCGAGGAUCUAGAUUUCCCGUCAAAGUUACUCGCUAGAGAGGGUGAUAUUAUAGGGGCUGAUAAAUUAACUAAACUAAAAGAUACUAAGCAAGCUAAGGGUCCAUUGAUUCAGGAAGUUGGAAGUUCCAAUAAUAUUAAUAAUGAAGUAAAAGAAAUUGGUCUUUCCGGGGAGCAGUUUAAUUGGGAAAUUGAACAAUCAGUUUCAGAGAAUCUAUCAAGUUCAUUACUCCAUGCUACUUAUGGUUUUGAUAAUUUGUAUAGCUCAGAUAUCUUAUUAUCUGUAGCUAAUGGCAAUGACAUCAAUGAACUAGAUGAACCAGAAAAGGCUACUGCAAAAGAGAGAGUGGAAGAACGAUUAAGAAAGGAAAAUCUAAAGUUUGAUCCUGAAUAUUAUGUGGCAGAUUUGAUGUUAUUAAAACACGGAAGCGAAGAUGACCUUGAACUCAAUGGAAUUAAAGAAAUUAUGAAUUUUACGCCAAAUGUUAUCGAUCAAUACUUAAAAUGGGUUAAGGAAAUAGGGAAUCAGGAUAGUUCAAUGCCAAUUGAAUUCACAGAAAAAGAACAAGAGCAGAUGCAAAAAAAUUUACCAAAGAAAGAAUAUCUGGUGAAAGAUCUAAAACCUUUAUAUGUUACUAUUUUAAGUGUAUUGUUUGCUUACAUUUUUGAGCAGAUGGAAAAUACAGGAAAUCAUCAAACAGAAAGUGCAUGGACUAUUGGUAAAUUAUGCCCUCAAAUUUCUUUUCUUGAUCAGCAAUUAGAGUUGAAUGAUGAACCUCAAAUUUCAAUCAUGAAUCAGAAUAGCUCUAAAAAUUCCAUAAUUCGUUCAUGCGUAAUUUCAGGUGUCAAACGAGCACUGAGUUAUCCAUUGCAUAGAAAUCUCGAACUAACACUAAAAGUUUGGAAGUAUGUGUAUUAUAUUCUUAGAGGUGGUAAGCGUCUAGUAAUAAGGUGUUUAUUAGAUGUUCACGAAAUUUUCAGAUUCCACGAUGUAUAUUACGUCUAUAAUAAAGUGUUACUCAACGACCUAUGCUCAUGGUUUAUUUCUAAUGGGAAUGAAAAUGUUAUUCGUUCUUUAGCUGUAGAAGUGAACAAUGAACUUGGCCAAGUGACACCUGAACAAAUAUCAUUUGACUGCAUAAGUGAUUUUAAUCCUGAAACCGGAGAACCACUUUGGGAAAAUAUGACUUUGAAAGAAAUGGAAAUUCUGGCAGAGGAUGAAUAUAGAGAAACUGCUGAAUAA